AUGGAUCCGUUUUCUGUCGAUGCAACAGCUGGACGAACCAUCCACGUGUCGAUCAAGUUGAACGGCGUUCCCCUGUUAGUUUUGGAUACCGGUUCCAGCACCAUAGUGACUUUCGACACUUGGCGGUCGGUCAGAUUACCUAUGCUGUCGUUAUACGCGCCCCUCCUGCGAAGCAUCGCUGCGCACGCUCGGAUGGUCUUUGGCACCGUGACAGCGAACCUCACGCAAGGCCGGAACAACAAAUCGCUACCCGUUAUCAUUGCGGUCAGGGGCGGCAAUGUACUGGGCAGAGACUAUAACCGGGCUCUCGGCCUUAGCUGGUUGAGCUUGCGAGAUCGCCAGUCGGCAUCCGCGCCCGUCAUCUCCAAAAUCACGGUGGAUGAACUGCUAGCGAAGCACAGCGUCGUAUUCCGCAAAGAUCUGGGCCACUGCCUGCCCUACAAAGCCCACAUGCACCUGAAACCCGGAGGGACACCGGCAUUCCGCAAGGCGCAACCGGUCCCGUUCUCAUUCCGGGAAGCUCUCGAGCGCUACCUGGACCGCCUCGUGGAAAAGGGCAUGCUUGGUCUGGUCGAUCAGGCGGAGCUAGGCCGCACCGGUGGUGACCACGUAGAAGCUGGCGGGAGACCAGUGUGUAUGGUGGUCGAAGUAUAA